CACCGGGAAGCAGCAUAUUGUUGUUUAUCUCAACGAUAGACACUAUAUCGCACUUACUGCAUACCAUAUGUAAGCGGCCGUGGCCUGUAAAUAAUCCAAUCCACGCUUCACUUAUGAAGUAAACACUCAUCAAUGCAGCGUAAAGUAUCAUUCUUACGCGUGAGAGAUUGAAAUAAAUCAGGAUAUGCAGCUGAGAUAGCAAUAUUGAAGACAAAAAUCCGGAAUCAAACACAAUGAGGAUCGCUUGCAAAGUGCAAGUAGAAGCUAUGAGCAGUAAAGGACCGCAGAAGUCUGGACGGUUGCUGAAGUCUAUCUUGAUUGUGGGUCGUGAACAGACACGGUCGGCAUUCCGCAAGACCAAUCAGUUGACUCUGAUGCUCUGCACUUCGAACAACAGCGGCACUCAGUAUCAGUUACAAGGCAAUGUCGAUCGUGUCCAUGGGGCCUUUGUGAAAGAUGGAAAGAUGUCUUUCUCCUUGAAGAAACCAAACUAUCGCUUCGUCAUCAGCGGUGGUGAUCCUGAAGAUCUGGCCAACUUUGCCAGGAUACUGCAGAAAGCGAAUAACCACUUCGAGUCGGUGUUCGAUAAAGAGCUGUCUGAGCUAAAAUUUGUCGAUACAACCGACGUAACUAUGGUCCAACGCCUGGUAAUCGAUGCAGAGAAGAAUGUACCGGAUGACUUCCCGCCCCGUCUCCAGCAUCUCACCAUCACCCACCACAACCUUCAGUUUGUAAGUGGCAAGGUUAUGGCUAUAAGGAAUCUGACGAGUCUCGAUCUGUCCGGCAAUGCUAUCAGUGCUAUUCCUGCUGAACUGGCUAAUUCGUUGCCUCGAUUAGCUUUGCUCAAUCUUGGGUAUAAUAGGAUCCGUACCAUUCCCGAUAAAAUCUUCUCACUGCCAUUGAAAGUGCUGAAUAUGGAGCACAAUCUGUUAACGAGCCUGAAUGAGACUUUCUGUAAAUUGCAGUCGUUGCGAAUGUGCAAUGUAAGCCAUUGCAAACUGAACUCCUUACCAGAAAGUUUAGGAAGAUUAAGAGAGCUGAAACAGCUGGACCUAUCGAAUAACCAACUGCAGCACCUGCCGUACACCUUCAAGCACUUGAAACUGGACAGUUUGGCCUUAUUUGGAAACCCAUUCACCAUAGAUACAAAGGGCAACAAGACGGCGUAUACGACACCAUUCCCGACACCUUCGUUGAUGGAAUACUCUGCGCGUCACGCGAUUCUAAGUGUUUCUAGGAUACCCCGACAUAAAGUCAGAUACUACAUGCCGCUUGAGCUAGUCUAUUAUAUGAAGCAAGCCCGGCGAUGCUCUCAAUGCCAAUGUCGCAUGUUUGAUCCGUGCGUGUACAAGCAGCUUGUUACAGCCUUUGAUUGUACAACCAUAGCCACAACAGUGACCAUGCAUGGCACACAUCUCGCCAAGGUGCCUCUGAAGCACUUGGUGUGUUCCAGGACGUGUAUGUUACUGCUUUUCCCGCCAAAAAAGCGCCCUCGACCAGCGGACGCGGCUGGCAGGCCGGCUCAGCGCGUGCGCACAGGGAGUUAGCAUUGAAUUAUAACUAGGAGAAUUAGUAAAUAAUCCAUACAGUAUUUUUCACGGUAUGACUGGC